AUGGCCAUGUUUCUAAAGAUAUACAGCUUGGUCACCAUAGGCAAAUGCAGAUCGGCAAGGGACAUGUCGGGAAAGACAGUAAUUAUCACCGGAGCCAACGCUGGAAUCGGCAAGGAGACUGCCCGUGAGCUGUGCCGGCGCAAGGCUCGCGUUAUCCUGGCCUGCAGAGACGUCAACAAGGCUCGUGCAACUGCAGAGGAGAUCGGGCGUGACACCGGCGUGCGACCCUUGUGUAUGCGCCUGGACCUCUGCUCCUUCGCCUCCAUCAGGCAGUUCGCGUCUCAGGUGGUCGCCCAGGAGGAGCGACUCGACGUGCUUAUCAACAACGCUGGCAUUUUGCCUCCGCCAACAAAAACAGAGACAGAGGAUGGAUUCGAGACGACAUUCCAAGCGAACUACUUGGGUCAUUUCUUGCUGACCAACCUGCUUCUGGGGCUUCUUAAGAAGAGCUCGCCAAGCCGAAUUAUAAAUGUGGGCUCCAUUGCUCACUGGUUUGCGACGUUCGACGCUGACGUGGGCUUCCAACGAUACCGUCGAAUCCAGGUGUACCCGAAGGCAAAGCUCUACGUGGCCCUUUUCACGAUGGAGCUGGCACGAAAACUGGCUAACACGGAAUAA